CUACCGCAUUCUCUGUCAUAACUCCCAAACACUCCCCUAAACACCUGUAACAAUACUAAUUUUGCUUGUUAGCAAGAUAGAUUUUUCUGGCUUGAGAGAAGAAGAAAGGCCAGAUCAUAAAAACAAUAAUCAGACUUCACAUUUGACAUUCAAUCCCUCGAUUUAAUGAUGGAGGAUGAUGAAGAAGAAGACCUAUGAUCUUUCUCUCUAUUCACAUGUGUAUUCAUAAGUUGACCUGUAGAUAUAGAAUUUUGUUUACUAGUAUACACGAUGGUAAGAGAUAAAAGAGAUAUAAGUCCCGUUUUACUCAAAUUUGGGGCAGCUUUAGCUGUCUCUAUUGCUGGAUUUCUCCUUUCACGCUUGAAAACCAACAGGAAUAAAUCUUCCCAGCCUCCUCACUCCCCACGCUCUUCAGAUCAUAGUACUGAAGUUGAUGUAGGAAGGGAAAGAUCUUGGGGCAGAGAUGAUCUUCAAGUGACUAACAGAACAUCCAGUUCUGGCAGUUUGACUUCAAUUUCAACAGAAAUACAUGAAGACUCGUACAUGCUCAAGGUUGCUGUUGAUAAUUCAAAGGUUUUUUAUCCAAGCAGUAGACAGAGUGGGGAUAAAGAUGGGUACCUCUUACCCGAAUUCAAUGAUUUCAUGAAGGAAUUUGACUUUAAUGUUCAUAAUUCUGGGACGUCUCCUAGCAAAGAUGAAACACCAAGGUCAGAUGUGGAAACUCCAAGAUCAUUCAAAGGUGCGGAAAAGGUCAAUUAUGAGCAAGAGAUAAAACAUCUGAAGAACAUGGUUAAAAUGCUUCGAGAAAGGGAAAGGAACCUUGAGGUCCAAAUGCUUGAGUUUUAUGGUCAUAAAGAGCAAGAAACAGCUGUGAUGGAGUUGCAAAACCGUUUGAAAAUAAACAACAUGGAGGCUAAGUUAUUUGGUCUGAAAAUUGAAUCCCUACGGGCUGAUAACAGAAGACUGCAUGAUCAAGUGGCUGAUCAUGUGAAAGUUGUUACUGAGCUUAAUGCUGCCAGAACAAAACUUAAACUGCUGAAGAAAAAACUAAGGUCUGAAGCAGAGCAGAACAGAGAACAGAUAUUGUCCCUUCAAAACAUAGUUUCUAGGUUGCAAGAGCAGGAACUCAAGUCUGCUGCAACUGAUUCAGAUAUUAAAAUGAAGUUGCAAAGGCUGAAGGAUUUGGAAACAGAGACAGAAGAGUUAAAGAAGUCUUACUUGAGAUUGCAUCUAGAAAAUUCUGAAUUGGCCUCUCAACUGGAGUCCACCAAAAUCCUAGCAAAUUCCAUUCUUGAGGAUCCAGAGACAGAAACAUUAAGGAAGCUGGGCAAUCAGUUGAGGCAGGAAAAUGAGGACUUGGUGAAGGAAGUUGAGAGACUUCAAGCUGACCGGUGCACUGAUGUUGAAGAAUUAGUCUACCUCCGCUGGAUAAAUGCUUGCUUGCGAUAUGAAUUGCGCAAUUUUCAGCCCCCAUAUGGUAAAACUGUUGCAAGAGACCUUAGUAAGUCUCUAAGCCCCAGGUCUGAGGAGAAAGCAAAACAGCUCAUACUUGAAUAUGCAAAUACUAAAGGGAUGAUGGAGAAGGGGAUCAACAUUAUGGAGUUUGAACCUGAUCACUGGUCAUCCUCCCAAGCCUCAUAUAUGACAGACCUGGGAGAACUUGAUGAUUCUCUAUCACCAAAAACAAACCACUCAGGCAAAACCAAAAUUUUCCACAAGCUUAGGAGACUUUUAUUGGGAAAGGAGACUCAUAAUCAGAGUCAUGGAUCAUCAGGCAGCAGAACUGGAGCGACAGGAGACUCUGAUUCUCCAAAUGGAAGUUUAAGUGUUUCAACACCAACUGACAACACAAGUGAUCUGCAAUCUACUAGAGGUCAAACUCCAUCCUUCUAUUCAUCUAGACAUUCUGUGGAUACCCAAAGAACCAGGAGUUUGGAGAACAGUAGGAGAAAUAGUGAGGCCGGAUCCUCUCAUUGGUAUAGGAGAUUUUCAUCAAGUAGAGCUAGCGAUUUGUCACUUGAAAAUUUACUGGAUCAAGACUUGUAUUCUAUAGAGAAAUCCGAGUUGGUGAAAUUCGCUGAAGUUCUGAAGGACCCUGGAAGUAGAGCCGGAAAUGGCAAUAGGAUGAAUAAGUUGCACAGAAAAUCAGUAUCAGUGGGCUCAUUUGAGGCUCUUCAUGGCUCUUCAGAAUAAUCCCACCUUAUUACCUGUUCAUAUAUGCUCUCGACUAAAGGGGAUACCAGCCAGCAUAACUUCACCAUAUUGUUUACUAAUGACAGUAAAGAAACAAGUUUUUUU